AUGUCUCUCUGGGUAGAUAAACACCGUCCCAAGUCCCUCGAUCACGUGGAUUACCACCAGGACAUCUCCGAGCGGUUUUCCGCGCUUGCCGCGACAGGCGAUCUGCCUCAUCUUCUCGUCUACGGACCGUCGGGAGCAGGCAAGAAGACCCGAGUCAUGGGACUGCUCAAAAAGCUCUACGGCCCCAGCGUGGAGAAAAUCAGCACCAAGUCCCACAAGUUCGUGACGCCGUCGAAGCGAGAACUCGAGCUCGGCGUCAUUUGCUCGGCUUACCAUCUUGAAGUGACGCCGUCCGACAUGGGCAACAAUGACCGUCUUGUGAUCCAGCAAUUGCUCAAGGAAACUGCUGAAACUCAGCAGGUCGACCUCAAUGCCAAACAACGGUUCAAGGUGGUGAUCAUCAACGAGGCCGACUCGCUGUCUCGUGACGCCCAGGCUGCCCUCAGACGAACCAUGGAAAAAUACACAAAGAAUAUCCGACUGAUUCUGCUCACUAACUCCACCUCCAAUAUCAUUGCACCCAUCAGGUCGCGAACCCUGCUGGUGCGAGUCGCUGCACCUACCGAGCAGGACAUUGUCAACGUACUGGAAAAAGUGGCUGCCAAGGAACAUGUGGAUCUUGAGAACACCAAAACCCUGGAAAAGAUUGCUUCGCAUAGCGACCGGAACCUGCGGAAGGCUCUAUUGACUCUGGAGACUCUGUACACCUUUGCAGGCUCCAAAACGGUGUCGGAAAACACUCCAAUUCCUACUCCUGACUGGGAAAUGGUCAUUGGCCGUAUUGCCCGAGAACUCGUGUCAUCUCGAACCCCAGCCACUCUGUUGGCCAUCAGAUCGCUCUUUUAUGAGCUGCUCUCCCAUUGCAUUCCUCCCUCGACGAUUCUCAAGGAGCUCACCUACAGACUGAUUCCGGUGGUGCCUGCCAAUCUGAGGGUGCCGUUGAUUUCUGCCGCAGCCACCUACGAGCAUCGGUUGAAGCUGGGUGCGAAGUAUAUCUUUCAUCUGGAGGCGUUUUGCGCAAAGGUGAUGGUCUUGUUGGAGGAGUAA